GUCUUGACCAUGCCCUCCAAGAGCUUCAAAAUUGCAGUAUUGCCCGGGGACGGUAUCGGCCCAGAGGUUACGGGUGAAGCACUGAAAGUGCUCCAGCUUGUCGCGUCUAAAGUUGCGGAUGUCGAGUUAGACGUCCAGGCGUAUGACUUUGGUGGCUGCGCUAUCGACUCGACCGGGGACCCUCUUCCCCAAGCUACCCUCAAUGCUUGCAAGGAGGCCGACGCAAUACUCAUGGGCGCCAUCGGCGGUCCGAAAUGGGGCGUGAACAGCAAAGUCCGCCCAGAGCAGGGCCUCCUCGCCCUCCGCAAGGAGCUCGGUCUCUACGCCAACAUCCGCCCCGCCUCCUUCGCCUCCGACUCCCUCCUCGACAACUCUCCGCUCAAGCCCUCCAUCGCGCAGGGCGUCGACAUCAUCGUCGUCCGCGAGCUCAUUGGUGGCGCGUACUUCGGCAAGCGCAAGGAGCACUCCGUCGCGCCCGACCAGGACACCGCGUGGGACACCAUGAUUUACAGCGUGCCUGAGAUACAGCGUAUCACGCGGGUCGCGGCGCAGAUCGCGCUCAGCGCGAACCCGCCCCUGCCAAUCCACUCGAUCGACAAGGCGAACGUCCUCGCGAGCUCGAGGCUCUGGCGCAAGGUGGUCACGGAGACGCUCCAGGCGGAGUACCCGCAACUCGCGCUGGACCACCAGUUGGUGGAUUCCGCGGCGAUGAUCAUCGUCGCGAGCCCUAGAAAGCUCAACGGCGUGAUUCUGACUGAGAACUUGUUCGGUGACAUCUUGUCCGACGAAUCGAGCGUCAUCCCCGGCUCUCUAGGUCUCCUCCCAUCAGCAUCCCUAGCCGGUGCUCCCUCCCUCCCCUCCUCACCUUCAUUCAAGCCCACACCAGGUCUGUACGAGCCCAUCCACGGGUCCGCGCCAGAUAUUGCCGGGCAGGGCAUCGCCAACCCAAUCGGGACAAUCCUCAGUGCAGCUAUGCUCUUGCGCUACUCGUUAGGGCUCGAGAGGGAGGCAAAGGCGAUCGAGGAUGCUGUGCGGAAAGUCCUGGAUCAUGAAAAUGUCGGUGGGUUAGGCUUGCGGACGAAGGACCUUGGUGGGAAUGUUAAGACGACGGAGAUGGGAGACAAGAUUGUCGAGGUACUGAAGACGUUGCUGUGAUCCGUCCGUCGAGAAUUGAUGAACAAUAAAUCUUGUAUUAUUACCGAAUGCUAGCAUUACUGAAACUGAACGGA